GAUGACACUGAUAUGGAAACCUCUGAGGAGGCGCCAACAGUAUUUCCUCUCUUGUUAACAUUUGCUAACUUGCUGGUUGAACUGCUGUUUUUAUGAGCUGAAUCUAAAAGUUACUCUUAUUGCUGGUCAAAAUGUUGGAGUACGAAAAUCAAAUGUUUCUCGACAUUCUUCAUGAGGAUGGUCUUCUAAUCAGUGCGAAGGGGCUUGGCCUGGAUAAAGUUUUCCUCAAUAUCAUCAAAGUCUACUGUGAUCCAGGAAAUUUAGUGAUUGUCAUCGGCACCGAACCUGAAGAGGAGCAGAGAAUCAUAGAAGUCUUGACCUUACAAGAUAUUUCUCCGCUGCCUAAAAUCAUAACAUCUGAUUGCUCAAUUUCAGAAAGGGAAAAAAUAUACCUUGAAGGUGGCGUUCUGUUUGUAUCCUUUAGAAUAAUUGUAGUUGAUUUUUUGAAAAAACGCCUUCCCAUAGAACAUGUAACUGGCAUCCUAGUCAACAGGGCUCACCGUACUUUAGAGAACUGCCAUAUUGGAUUCACUUUAAGGUUGUAUCGUCAAAAUAACAAGACUGGCUUUGUAAAAGCAUUUUCAAAUUCGCCCGAGUCAUUCACAGUAGGAUUUUCUCGCGUGGAGAGGAUUAUGAGGAUGCUGUUUUUGAAAAACCUGUACUUGUGGCCUCGUUUCCAUGCUGUCGUUAGCUCAAGUCUUGAAAGACGGAAACCAGCAGUUUUCGAGCUUCAUUUGGAAUUGACAAGUGCUAUGAAAGAAAUUCAGGCAGCAUUGCUGGAUCUUACAAACUACUGUGUUAAAGAAAUAAAGCGGCUGAAUCCAUCCCUUGAUACGGAUGAAAUAACUGUAGAGAACGCUCUUUCGAAAACUUUUCACAAAUUAUUGCAAAUGCAGCUUGACCCCUUAUGGCAUCAGUUGAGUUCUACCACAAAACAAUUAGUAGCGGACUUGAAAACUCUUCGCCAUGUCCUGUUGUCAUUAACCAGAAAAGACAGUGUACGCUUUUACUCUCUAGUUCGUAGGAUGAGAACCACAGAAUAUGCCCUGAAAAAUUCUGGAUGGAUGGUCUUGGAUGCUGCAGAAACACUUUUUGUGGCCUCUACAAAACGACUCUAUGACGCUGAUAAAAAAGUUUCCCCAGAGCAAAAUCCCAAAUGGUCAGCACUCUCGGAGGCCUUGAAAGAAAUACAGGAAGAUGCAGGAAACUCACCAGCAACAGUUCUAGUUUUCGUUGAUUCAAUAGAAACCUGCAAACAACUGAAAGAUUAUUUAACAAUCGGAAGUGAGAAAAUGUUGAAGGAUCUGUACAACCGAAUCGUUAAAACUAAACCUACUAUUGCUCCAUCGCCGACUAAACAGCUGACAGAUACAUCCACUGCAGCUACAAUAGAUGAUCCUGAAGAAGAAGAAGAAAUAAAUGAAAACGAAUGCUUUACGCUCACUCAGAGUACAAAACCUACCUCUGAAACCGAAGCCACCUUUAGCGAAUGCAGGGAACCCGAAAAUCUCCAAGAGCCAUUGAUUGUCCUUCAAGAGUACCGGAAAGAUGGAAACGUCAAUUCAGUUCUAGUGACUUUGCGAAAUUUGAAACCAAAAUACAUCAUCAUGUACGAUGGUGAAAUGACAGCAAUCAGGAUGAUAGAAAAUUAUCAAGCGGCAGAAGCUGAACACAAGAUUACGGUUUACUUCCUCAUGUACGCAAGCUCGGUGGAAGAGCAGGCGUACCUAACUACACUGCGACGAGAGAAAGAAGCAUUUGAAUUUUUGAUAAAAGAAAAAGCUAGCAUGGUGAUCCCUGCUGACCAGGAUGGUAAAAGUGGAGACUGCCUGGAACUUCACCGAGAUGUAGGACAAUCUGCGGCUAUACCAACGAAUGUAAGUUCUCGCAGAGGUGGAGUGCAGCCAGAGGCGAAGACGCCUACGGUGAUCGUAGAUAUGAGGGAGUUCCGAAGUGAAUUGCCAUCACUUUUACACAAGAGAGGAAUAGACAUUGAUCCUGUCACUCUUCAGGUGGGCGAUUACAUCCUGAGUCCAGAAAUGUGCGUAGAGCGUAAGAGCAUCAGUGAUUUAAUAGGUUCCUUACAAAAAGGUCGGCUUUAUCAGCAAGCACUAGCAAUGACUAGAUAUUAUACCAAACCAAUGUUACUGAUUGAAUUUGAUCCGAAGAAACCCUUUGCUCUUCAGGGUCAUUAUUACUUGAGCAAAGAUAUAACAUCGAAUGACAUAACCUCUAAACUUCAGCUUCUAACGCUUCACUUUCCGAAGCUCAGAUUGGUUUGGUCACCCAGUCCUCACGCAACAGCUCAAUUAUUUCAUGAAUUGAAGAUGGGAAAAGAAGAGCCAAACCCUGAGGUUGCAGCAUCAAUUGGAGCGGAAGAAGGUGCUCUUGAAGACGACACAUUUUUGGAUAAAUACAACAUUGGAAUCCAUGAUUUUGUGGGGAAACUACCGGGAGUAACGACUAAAAAUGUCUACAUGUUGUUGAACCGAGGAAAAUCACUGGACCACUUAAUUACGCUAUCACAGGAGCAAUUAGCGGAUAUUCUAAAAAAUUCUGGCAAUGCUGAACUGUUAUACAAAGCUCUACACUCUAGUCAUAAGCCAAAUCUGGAACCCACUGGCGGGAAGGGAAAAAGUCGCGGUGGCAAAAGUUUUCGAGGAGGAUUCCAAGCUAAGAAACGCAGAACAUAGUUUAACACGAGAGAUCAUGAAGUCAUGAAUGUCAUAUCAAACUUGACUGAGUUUGUUAAUUUUCUUAAACGUAAUUUACUUAAAGCAUGUAUCAGAAUCUAUAGGAAAGAGUCUUUCCUUAAGGCUUCAAUAGCACAUCAGGUGAGAGAGAAAUUGAAUUUGAAGCCGAAAAUUUUCAGAGCCCAAGUUUCUCUAUUUUUAAGUGGUAUCAGAUGUAUGGUAAACCUUUGAUCUUAUGCCAUCUCACGUUUUUUUGUGAAAACAGUAAGUAUGGAGUUACUAAAGAGGUACAAUAGUCAAUGUGGUUUUUACUUGUGGUUAUCAGUGGUUAUGAAAUGUAGGAACCUAUUAUUUAUAUUUAUAUUCCAUCCUGGAUAUUCACUGAAAAGUAAGCUUCACACAUAUUCUUGCGCUGUCAAAAAGGCUCCUCAGUGUAUAGUUACCAAAAUUCAUGUAAAAAUGAAGCUCCUUUUUUCAAUGAAUCAGUAUAUGUAUUCGAAUAAAAUUUGAACCAUUUUGUAAUUAUGGAGAGCCUUCUUGUUCCAAGAGCUUAUUUUUUCAAACAUUUUGUAUUUUAUUUUUCUAAAAAAUCAUGCAGUCCGAUUUUUUACGGAUUUUUUAAAUUAGAAUGUUCACUGGGAUUGCUUUUGGAGUUGGGUGGAAUUUUUGCUCCAAUUGUUUAGGAUUUUCUGAGUAAAACAUAUCCGUGGCUAGUAGUUAAAACAUGUGUAUCUCACUUUUGGAGUGUUAAAAAUUCAAUUAUGUUUUAUUUGCUUCAAGGAAAACUUCGUAUUAUAACAUUUGCAUCUCAAUUUUUUGUGAUUUUUUUAGAAUGAGUGAAGAAAAUUCACAAAAGAUUUCCAUGGAAACUUAUUCAGUUUUCCUUUUAAAGAAUAGAGUAUGCGUGGAGACUCGCAAUGUCACAAUCUAAGUUAUGCACUUUUUGACUUUAGCCAUCCACAUUAACAGCCAGACAUUUACUUUCCAUGUGAUAAUGGAGAUCGUGGUUCUUCCAGUUGGCUAAAUAGAGUGCCAUCAAGGAUGGCAACAUUAUAUUCAUGUUGCAUAAUUAUCAGCCACGAUCAAGUGACUUUUAAGCAUGCUGAUUCAUGCUCACUUACCCAUUGUGGCUCGCUCAACGUUUCAAAUCAUCAGCUUUUUUUUUUAGUGGAUUGAAUAACUGCAUGGUUUUCUACUUUUGUACUCGCAACAGCAAACAAUUGUUUCAUAUGGCAUGCUUCAACAUGCCAUGAUGAAACUAUAAAACCUUGAAUAUUGAUUUGAAUUGAUUUAGAUUUUCUGUCAUAAAUUACUUUUUUAGGGAUGACUGAUAAAUCGAUAAUGAAAAAUAUAAAGUAAAACUUCCUUAAAAUUGUAAACUAGAAGGAGACAUUCUGAACUCUGUAAUUGAGAUCCAAGUUUUUGUAAUUUCAUUAUUCAAAUGUUAAUAGGACGUUUUUGAAAGUUGAUAAUACUGUCUCUCUAACACUAAAUCCAUCUAAAGAUCGAUUCCGGAAGACACAACCUGCUUCAAAAGAUAUUGGUUGUUUUUCUCACCUUGAACUGAGGGAACCCCAAUGUUGGCAACUUUCAAGAAUGGCCAUUGAAGCAAUAAGUAUUCUGCCCAGCACUUUUUAACCUUAUGUACCUUUGCAGAGUGAACAUCUGAACAAGCACUCACUGCAGUAUUUAAGUUCGCAAAUGUAUUUUUAAAUUCAUCAUUGUAGAGAAAAAUUUUAUUCCUCUGACCAUAGAACAGUAUCAUGUGUGAUUAUUAAUUUAAGUCUCAGAAUAUUAACUUUGUCAGCGUCUGCAGGAAAGCAAAUUUGUUGAAUCUGGUCAUUCCAUGUGAAUUCCAACGGAUUUGCUAAUUUUGAAAGAAGAACUGCAUAGACACCUGAAUUUACUUGGAGAUAUUGCCUCCAUAUUAGUGUGAAAAAUUUGAAAGAUAUAUGUAUUAAAAAUUUCAAAGAAAGGAGAAAAGGAAAAAACAGGAAAAGGUAUAAUUAAGGUAUUGUUAGUUAAUCAAUUUUUUAUCCUUGUAUGUUCAAAACCAAUGAUCCAAAAAUUUCUCAUACUAUCUGUUUUGGUCAUCUCUUAAAAACUCCCAUUUCUAAUCAUGCUCAGUAUUCAAAGUUUUAGACCAAUAACAAGGAGCCUUGGUCGCUCUAAUGGCAUAAAAGUUUUGCCUAACUUAUUAUGCAUGUAGUCUGUAUUUACCAGUAUGUUUAUAAAUAUCAAAAAUCUCUCAGAGGUGCAUUUGUCUUCCAUCCAAAAGCAUUUUAUGAGGAAGAAAUUCACAGGCAUAAAAUUUUCAUCAUCGCACGUGUCUGUGUAUUGUGUAAGGCUGUACGAAUCAAUAUGUUUAAAAAAAAACCAAAGGAAGGAGCAAAAGUAUUUUUUUGUCUUCUCUCUGGGGUUUUAUCUGUUAAUAAUUUAACCUUGUAUUAUUUUUUAGUCAAUAAAUCUCUUGUUCUAUUAUAA